UUAUCUUCAGCCUUUACUCUUCAUCUGAAAAGCCUUCUGUUUUCCCUGUAAAAGGUAAUUUCUCUGUGGAAAUCUUCUAACUGAGCAGAGUUUAGAGCAGUUUCGGGAUUGUUUCCCGUCUCCGUAAAUCUGACCAUUCUUGAAAGAAAAUUGCUAAGAAUUUCCAACUGGAUCGUGUAAUCACUGCCCUGGUAUCAAGAGGAGGGGGAGUGACAUGAAAUCACUGACUUGUGACAUACAUUCCUCAGCAACGGCGGCUGCUGCCUAAUGACAGCUAAUAAAGGGAAUCUUCCCUUGACAGAGCUGCAUGCCUGCAGUGGGACUGGAAUGUGCCCAAGAUAAACCCCCUGAUAACCCAGGAAGCAGAGAUCACACCCCAAGAGUAUAAAAGACGAGCUUCGGAAGAGACAGGACAGGACAAGGAAUAGAGAGAUCCGAAGGGACAUCUCAGAAGAGACAGCUUGAACUUCACUAUUCCCAACCAACUCGGCGCCAUGGACACUAAAGGCUCAUUUUUCUAUGGCUUCCUCUUGCUGCUGCUCAUCCAGCUCCAGUCCAGCAGAGCCAACCCCAUCUACAGCCUCAGCCCUGCCAAAGAACUGGCCAGCAUGGAGGCUCUGUUGGAGAGGCUGGAGGAUAAGUUUGCAAUGAUUGAAGCCCUGGAGCCUAACCCUGACCUGCAAGAGCCCAAACCCCAGGAGGAGAUCCGCCCAGAACUCGACGAUGACAGUGAGGACCAGAAGGCUGAGCCCAGGCUGGCACCCAACACCCCCCUGUCCUACAGGGACCCCGUCCUCAAGAGGCUGAGGGGGCUGCAGAUGCCCAGGAUGAUGAGAGACUCCGGGUGCUUCGGGAGGAGGAUCGAUCGGAUCGGCUCCCUCAGCGGGAUGGGCUGCAACGGUUCCCGGAGGAAUUAGGAUCAACCUCCCUCUUCCCUGCUCUGAAGAAUGCUUUACAGUACCUGUUCCUCCCAAGAUGAAAGCCAGAUGCUUUCCAAGCUCCUCAACAGAAAGUUAUUCCUAUUUUUAUUUAUUUAUUUAUUUAUUUAUUUGAUGUUUUUUUAAAGAACAUUUCUUGCUCUAGCACCAAGAGACCAUCUUUAAAUAAAACUAACACAUUAGACAUCUAUGCUGGACCUCUCUCCUGUCUGUUGCAUUAAAUUUUCUUGUAUAUUCCUAAAGUCAAAAUCCUAAGUUUUAUUGGUAUUCUGGUACCCACAAGGCUGGAUCUUACUUACAUGAGAUAGAGAAAGUAUGAACUUGGUAGAAACUGAGCUUUUCACUAGAGUUUUUCCAUCUGCACUAAAAAAUUCUAACAGAUUAGCAGGGAAAAAAAGCUUGUUCAACAUUGAAAGACCAACAUACAUAGACAGGGUUUCAGUAACAAGAGAGUCCUUUUGCUGGUUUAGAUUAUUCAGUCACAGGAACUGCCACAAAUCCCCCACCUAAGCAAAAUUUACAUGGAAAGAAAUAAGAAAAAUUAUAACACUCCACGAGUUUCAAAAUAACCAGAGGGAGGAAAGGGAAUUCAUUGUAUUUGCUUUCUAGCACUGGCCAAAUAAAGGUUACGAGCAUCAACAGAAAGAUACAUCAGUAACUGUGUCUUGUCUCACUCUGCACGUGGCUGAGAUGCUGAUUCCCAGCAUUUCUUGAAGGAUUCUUUGAAUAAUCCUUGAAUAUUCCUCAUGAGAGGGCAGGUGGGAUCACUCCAAUUACAAAGCAGCUUGUACAGAACUUUAUUUAUCACUUUCUGGGAAUGGGCCCUCACAAAGCUGUUCUGACAGGGCUGAUGGGAACACUGCAAGGCUGAUCAAGGUUUUGUUUAACCUUUGUUAAGUGAGAUUUCACACUUAGGAGCUGAAUUUGACCCAAAAUAUAUUCUCCCCUCCAACAAAGAAGGUGAUAUUGCCAAGUGCACGUUCAGUCACCAUCCCAAGGACCAAACAGCUCAGAAUCCCAUCAGCCCCAACAAUGGCAUCGAGCCCAGCCCAACACAACUGUCCUGUGACUGCACACACGGCUGGGAACCGGGCUAUUUUGAGCACCUCAUGAGCCUCAUUCCAAGAAUCUCAGUCCAUUCCCAGGUACUGGUGUACCCUGGGAAGCUUGUUCAGGGCCCUGAGAAAGGAGCAACAGGACACACUCAACUGGAAUAGUCCCAUUCUGACUUUGUUCCUGCAAAUGCACAGGGAGAGAAGAACAACACCUGGCCAGGACAGGCUGUGGGAGGAAGGUGUUCCAGGGCUGGGACAGCUGCUCACAAAGGCUCUCAGGGACCACAGCUACAGGGAAAGGGUAAAUCUGAGUGCACACCACCCCUGUCACAGCUAAGGCUGCUGCACCCCUUGAACAGGGCUCGUGCCACACACGUUUCUGACAAGCCACCCUGCCAGUCCCUCCCUGCCCUGCUGGCACAGCCUCUAGGAGGGACCUGGGUGCUCCCUGCCACAUUGGGCCUUGUGAUUCUUCCCUAGGGAAGAAGAAUAGAAGUCUAAUCUGAGGGGGAUCAUUUUGCUCCACUCCAAUAGGAAACCACACCUAGUGUGAUAGAAAUCACACAUCAGAGCCUCUCCUUCCAGCAAUGGCAGCUAAAGGUAAAACAUCUG